AUGUCCCAUCAGUACGGCAACACUUACGCCGAUCCGUACAACCAGCAACCACAAGGGUAUUACCACAACAACGACGGUUAUGACGAAACUCAACAACACCCUCCUCCUUUCCAAAAUGAAGGCUAUACCUAUAGCAAUGACUCCAACCCAUACGGUGAAGAACCUCGAUACCCCUCAUACCCCGCUGACCCGUCGGUAGGCGAUUAUCAACCCAACUCAAGUACCGAGAAAAUGAACGAUGAGGCGCAAUAUCAAGAGAACACCCAGAGAGCACAACCGGGUCGAUCAGGACUAAGGCGACCUCCUGUGUCUAUCGCUGAGAUGGGACCACCCCCUAGGAGUACGGGUAUCUUGCGGAUGUGGAGGAAAGAUGAAAGGGGUAAACAAUGGUCAAGGGGUGGUGGUGUACGGAUGUCAUUGAGGCUAUGUUGCUGCUGUUUCACCAUUGGUAUCAUCUUGGUUUAUAUCCGACCCCCAAGUUUCGCUCUUAAUAGCGUGAACAUCGGCUCUUCGCCCGUCUCUCUUACCACCAAUGGUCUCACUGUCAGCUUUGACCUCAGUAUCAGUGUUGCCAAUCCCAAUUGGUUCAAUGCGGAUUUCAAGGAAAUCACCGCGACGGCGCAGUAUCCUGGUAACAACACCAACACCUUUGGAGGGGUGAGUUUGUGUGAGGUUCAACAGCAGCUGACAAUCAGUUACACUUUGGCCAAGGACCCCAAUCAGGUCAUCCUCAAGGAUCUGAUCAGUGGUACUAAACAAGAUAUUACAGUAGACUACGACCUCUAUCUCAAAUUAAAGAUCCUCGGGGUCACAGUCAGUCCCACUAUCAGCAACAGCGCAAGUUUCGAAUGUCCUAUCACCGCUUCCGAUAUUCAGUCGAUCAUUGGAAGUGAUUCCUUGUCUGGUCUGAUCGGGUCCUAG